AUGCCCAUGUAUUCUGAUCAGCCGGUUGUGAGCCUUCCAUAUUGCGGCUAUUCUGAGCGCUUCUUGAAGAGCCUUAUCAAAAAGAAACCAAUCGAUGACAUGCUCCCUAUGGAUAUACCUGAUCCUUGGUAUAAUUCCCACAUGGUCAUCUCAGCUGAACAAACCCCAUCUUGGCUCUUGAAAUCAUUACCUACAUCAUCACCAAUGUACUGCAACAACAAACGCAAUACCCAAUCCCGUCAUCAAAAAUCAUCACUCAACCGCAACGCUAGCACUCGCACAACCAAUACAACUUGCAGCACUCGUAGUAGCAGCAAUAACAGAGCCCGCAAUCUUCCUGCUUUACCUUCACCAUCAUCAUCUCCUGAAUCAUCAUGCCGUUCACCAGCAGCAUUACCAAGCACCAACAAUUACCCCACCAUCUCAAGUGCGAAAACCAUGCGACGACCUGAUACAGAAUCAAUCAUUCGAUGGAUCGAUCAACGUCUCUCUUUGCAAGGCCCUGCUGGUAAAAAAACCCGUAUACCUAUUCGAAGAUCAUCACUUUUCCAGCAACCCAAUCUACAACCUCCAACACAGCGACAACAACAACAACCCACGAUUCAAUCUAAACCAGCCACUGCACCACCAUUACUUGUACGUCGACGAUCAAGUUCAACGUCUUCGGAUGUAAAUCGGAUAUUGAGUUCGCUUGCAUCCUCCAAAGGACCUGACAUGCGACUUCACCAACUUACAGGACCUGACAAGUACGACAUGUCAGAAUGGCCUCAUGUGCUUUCACAAAACAUCCUUGAACAAGAUCGUAUGGUGGCACAGCAUUACAUUUGGCGCACAGCUUUCGAUGGCGAUUUUUCGGCACCCAUUCGACAAUACCUUGAGACUAAGAGUGCCAUCGUACUUGAUAUGGGAUGUGGUCCUGGCACUUGGACCAUGGAGAUGGCUACUGAAUUUCCUCGAUCCACUUUUAUUGGUAUCGAUUUGGCCAAGCAUUAUCCUCGUGACAUCAAGCCUAGGAACUGCCAUUUUCAUGCCAUCGAUUUCAUGCCUGGUUUUCAGCCCAAGCUUCCUCUUCCAGACAAUAGCGUCGACUAUAUUUUUCAACGUGAUCUCAAUUGGGAUAUGGCGGCUCACAUGUGGAAGCCCCUUGUAAAGGAAUACUUGCGUGUGCUCAAACCUGGUGGUUGGAUCGAGUUGCGUGAACCUGAUAUGGAAACACAAAGCAGUCGCCAACUUGAGAAUGACAUGAACAACAAACUGAUUUAUGGAAUAUCCCUAAGGCAUCAGGAUCCAUUUGUUGCCCGACGACUACCUACCAUCUUGGCUGCUAAUGGAUUUCGACGGGUCGAAAGCCAUUUCCAGUCACUGCCACUUGGAUGGGAUGAUUCGCCUUUUGAAAAGGCUGUUUCAAGCCAUUACAUGUUUACGCUCAAAUCAUUAGCACCCUGGCUGGCCCCAGUGAUGAAUACCACCCAUGAACGAUACAACAGCUACAUUGCAGACUUGCCUGCAGAAUGGCGAAAAGCAAGAACGUACUUGAAUUGGCAUUGCAUUGUCGCUCAAAAACCACCACGUCCUCAUGCUUCUUCUUCCACACCCACUCUUUCCUAA